AUGUUCCCUACUCGUGUUCUGCGCAUGCAGGCCUCCCGGCCUUUCGCUUUUCCUGCUCCUAAGGAAAACCACAGCGCCCACACUAUCUCUCAGCGUCUGCGCACUCUGAAGAGAGUCCCCCCGGAGUUGAUCCCUCUCGGUCUGGUCCUUGGUGUCGCCGUCGGUGCUGCCAUCUACUCCAGCACCCGCAAGCUCAUGACUGACAAGACCCUCCGUCUGUACCGCAACAGCCCCGAGGACCGCGAGCACUAA